AAAAUUUUUUCAGAGAACAAUGGAUAGAAAGCGUUCUCGCAGCCGCACAAAUACUAAGGAUGAUGACGAUAACCAGAGAGAUAAAAAGACCAUAGAAUAUAUUUUUACUAAAGCUGGGGGAGCAUAUAUCCCUCCUACAAAAUUGAGGAGGAUGCAGGGACAAAUUUGUGAUAAAUCUAGUGAGAGUUAUCAGAAGAUAGCCUGGGAAGCUUUGAAGAAAAGUAUAAAUGGUUUCAUCAACAAAGUAAAUGUUUCAAAUUUGAAAGUUAUUAUAACUGAAUUAUUCAAAGAAAAUCUGGUUAGAGGAAGAGGUGUCUUAGUUCGUUCACUGAUGCAAGCCCAAGCUGUAUCACCAACAUUUACUCACGUUUAUGCAGCUGUGGCUGCUGUUAUAAAUACAAAGUUUCCUCAAAUAUGUGAACUAUUAUUGAGAAGAUUAAUAAUUCAAUUUAGAAAAGGUUAUCGAAGAAAUGAUAAGUUAGCUUGUGUUUCAUCUACCCGUUUCAUUGCUCAUUUAGUUAACCAACAAGUGGCUCAUGAAGUAUUGGCACUAGAAAUAUUAACAUUACUUUUGGAAAAUCCUACUGAAGACUCUUUAGAAAUGUUUGUUGGCUUCUUAAAAGAGUGUGGACAAAGAUUAACUGAAGCAUCAAAAGAUGCAGUUAAUGCCAUAUUUGAUCGUUUAAGAAGCAUUUUGCACGAUGCAAAGGUUGAUAAGAGAGUGCAAUAUAUGAUUGAAGUAAUGUUUGCAAUAAGAAAAGACAAGUUUAAGGUAACUGUUUCUAAAUAUAAUAAUAAUUAUUCCAGGAACUAUUUUGUAAACAGUCUGCGAAGAAAUUAUUUUUCAGAAGAAAGUCAGACGAUAAUUGAUAAUACAGAAACAAACUUAGUUUCUUUGAGGAGAACGAUAUAUCUUGUAAUACAGUCAAGUUUAGAUUUUGAAGAAUGUGCUCAUAAACUACUUAAGCUCGAGCUUCAGCCAGGUCAUAUUGUUGAAUUAUGUUACAUGAUUUUGGAUUGUUGUGCACAACAAAGGACAUAUGAAAAAUUUUUUGGACUUCUGGCACAAAGGUUUUGUCAAUUGAACAAAAUUUAUGUUGAGCCUUUUGAAGAUAUUUUUAAAACAGCAUAUGACACUAUUCAUCGUUUUGAAACUAACAAAUUGAGAAAUGUGGCUAGAUUUUUUGCCCAUCUGUUGUAUACUGAUGCUAUAUCAUGGUUGGUUUUAUCACACAUUAAACUGAACGAAGAUGAUACCACGUCAUCAUCUCGCAUAUUUAUCAAAAUCCUAUUUCAGGAGUUAUGCGAAUACAUGGGAUUGUUAAAAUUAAAUGAAAGAGUUAAAGAUCCGACAAUGCAAGAAGCAUUUGAUGGCUUAUUUCCAAGAGACACGUCACGAAAUACAAGAUUUGCCAUAAAUUUUUUUACAUCAAUCGGAUUGGGGGGAUUAACAGAUGAAUUAAGAGAGCAUUUAAAAAAUGUACCUAAACCAUCACAGGCCGUGCCACAAGUGACAAAACCAAGUACAGAUGAAGAUUCUUCUAGCUCAGAAGAGGAAAGUAGUGAAAGUGAGAGUGCCGAAAGUGAAUCAUCAGAAGAGGAGUCCAGAAAAAAAUUAAAAAACAAAUCGUCCAAACCAAAAAAUAAAAAGAAGAAAAAGAAAUCCAAACAUCACAAAAAAUCGAAGAAGAAGAAUAAAGGAUAACACUUAGUACCAACAUCACUGUUUUUGUACAUUGUAAAUACAUCUUUCAUUAUGUGUGUCUUGUACUGUAAUUUUAAUUAAUGUGCAAUUUGUCUCAUCUUUACAAUAAAUGUAUUAGUUUUUA